CUCCAGAGGUAAGCAUUCCAGUGAACAUCAUUAGUAGAAUUUCUCGCCCCUAUAAAUCAGCCCCUCCCCACCCCCAAACCCACCACAUCAAUCAAUAAGCCUCCAAGACCAAAAGUCCCCUGCAUCUCCCGAGCGUCAGAGUUGAUCCAGAGUUUGCUUCGAGAGAUUAAAUUUAUUCCAUCGAGAUGGCGUCGCAGGCGAUCGAGGUGAACAGGGAGGGGGCGGAGGUGUACCACGGCGCGGCGCUGUGCGCCGAGAAGGCGGUGGAGCUGCUGGCUGAGACCAACAUGCCACUGGGCCUGCUGCCGCUGGCGGACAUCGAGGAGGUCGGCUACAACCGCUCCACGGGCUUCGUGUGGCUGCGCCAGAAGAAGGCGCUCACGCACACCUUCAAGCAGAUCGGGAGGCUGGUCUCGUAUGCCACCGAGGUGACGGCCUUCGUCCAGGACCGCAAGAUGAAGCGCAUCACGGGGGUCAAGAGCAAGGAGCUCCUCAUCUGGGUCACUGUCUGCGCCAUGUACAUCGACAAGAAUGACCACUCAAAGAUCAGUUUCAAAACGCCCACCGGACUGGGAAGGUCCUUCCCCGUCUCCGCCUAUGGGAAGGAGGAGGACGACUUCAAGCCCAAGCAGGCCGCCGUGGCCAAAUAAGCGACCACGGCCGGCAUAUAUAAUUUGAACAAUGCGAUGAAGAGUUUGUAAGUUCAGCGUUUACUAACGGUGAAUACUACAUGUACUUAUUUGCUAAUCUGAUCUGUUUUAAUAAAAUGCGAUUGUAUGCAAA